AGCGCACAAAAAAAGAAAAGGAGCAAUAGCAACAAGCCCCAACAAUAGCGUUUGUUAGCGUAGAGGGAAUAAUAGAGAUAUGGUGUUUUCUUCCAACCCUUUCGCGCUAAGCGUUCCCGAACCCGCCUUCGAAUCCUGGCUUCGCGACACCGGCUACCUUGAAAUCAUCGACCAACGCACCACCGCCGUCGCCGAAGCCACCACCACCGUCAACUCUAACUCCUCCCCAUUAGCACCCGUCACUUCCAUCUCCUCCCGAAUCCUAACCCUCUUAUCCUUCGUCACUCUCAAUCCCUUCGCCAAACUCACCGCCGAUGAUUUCUCCGGCGACACUCCUUCCUGGUCACGCUCUUUCGUCGGCUCCCCGUCGUCGUAUUCCUUUCCUUCGAAUCCAUCACAAGCUCGCUUCCGUGUUCAUGAAAAUGUUAAGCGAUAUGCUCGGAACUAUGCUUAUCUCUUCGUCGUUUUCUUUGCUUCUUCACUGUAUAAGAUGCCACUUGCUCUUGUUGGGUUGAUAUCAUGUUUGGCAUUGUGGGAUUUCUUCAAGUUCUUUAGUGAGAGAUGGGGAUUGGAUCAAUAUCCUGUGGUUCGGCAGUGCUUGCUUCGUAUUGCCCAAUUUGCAACAGCAGUUAUUCUAAUAUUUUCCAAUGUUCAAAUGGCUCUCUUCUGUGCCAUAAGUGUCAGCUAUGCAGGUGUGAUACUGCAUGCUGCUUUUCGGAAGUUGACCCCUGCACAGCGGCCUUCGGUGGUCAGAGGCGGAUAGUCGUUUGAUCAAAGAAACAAUGGUCCACUUGCCUUUAGACGAUUCAAGUUGCUCUGAUAUAGAAGGUAGCUCUUACAGUGAAGAAGGGAACAGGAAUUUAGUACAGAAGAUAGUGCAAUGUAGAGUUCAUGGAACAGGUAUAGGCUUAAGUUUUGAAUAAGGAUAAAACUUAGGUAAAGUUCUAUAAGCAUUGUUCCUAUUGUUCUUCACUAAAAAUGAAGCAUAAUUAUCACCAACAAUUUUGAAAGGGCAUAAAAAACUCACCCCUGUGAAAGAAAAAGAUUGUCUCUUUGUGAGAGGAACUUCAAGAAAAGUGCUUGCAACUCUAGAUGUUAUUGUUUAAAUUAUUUUACCAUUUUAAUUUUUUUCAGAAA